CGCGCUCCCAAUUUAGACAUGAGGCUUGGUGUCUAACUUACCAGGACGCGCACGGACCAUCUUACGGCUGCACUCAGAAGCCAGACGUUGGGCCGCGAAACGUCCUCUUCCUCUUCAAACCUUGCACGGUUGCUAACUCUCACGCUGGUUCCUAGUCGAAAGGGGCCUUUCAUGAUGGAAGCCCUUUCGAUAUCCACAGACGUUACUGUCAUCAUUCAGCUAGCUACUCGAAUCGCUCAAGUAUGCAAGUCAUACAUGGAUAGCGUCGGAGAUUAUCCCAGACAACUCCGCGUCAUUUUCGUCGAAAUUAAGUCCCUAGAGGUCGUACUUCAAGGGCUACAGUUUUUGAGACGAGAUGAUGCACAGGACGCUUCCAUUAUUUCGCAUCUUGAAGGCGCUGAUGGACCUGUCCAAGGUUGCAAGAAAGCCAUCGAAUCUUUGAACGCCUUGCUCCCCAAUCCAACUACACCCCCUUCGAACAGCAGCGGAAAGAGCAAAAAGGCGCUGCUAUCGGCACUAGACGCUCUUGCAUGGCCAUUGAAAGAAAAAGCAGUCCAAAGGUUACUGGAUGACCUCAUGCGGUUCAAAUCGACUAUCAGCAUGGCUAUUGGAGGUUCUUUGCUUCAAGAAGUCCAGACUAUCAAGAAUACUCUGUUUGAAUCGAAUGGUAGAGAAUUUUGCCAGUGGCUUGAGCAUACUAACCCAUCACCUGCACAUAAUGCUGCGAAGUCUCUGUACGAGAAUGAAACGGGCGCCUGGGUCCUGCGCUCUCAGAAAUGGAUUGACUGGGUCAACUUGAAGACAAGGUGUAUUUGGAUUCAUGGAAUUCCAGGUUCUGGUAAGACGGUUCUUGCUUCUUAUCUUAUUGAGCAAGUUCGUCUCAUGGGCCGAAGUGGGGAUGGUCCAAAAUCCGAGUGCGUCUAUUAUUAUUGUCACCAUGGACGCAACCAGGAUGAGGCCGUUCCAUUCCUUCGAUGGCUCAUUAGUCAGUUAUGUCGGCAAACGCAAGGCGUCCCCGAGAAAGCAUACGCGUCAUUUAAACGCGGCCAAGAGUUAAGCCUAUCGGAACUCCUCGACAUCCUCCAUGCCGUAUUGUCCGGCCAGGGCACCAUCUUUACCAUCAUUGACGCGGUCGACGAAAGUCGCCCUCGAGAAAACUUGCUCAAAGUCAUCCAGGAUCUGAUGACCGAUCAGCGGUUUCAAAAGAUCCAGCUGCUAGUCACAAGCCGCGAGGAGACGAAUAUCGAGACCACAAUGGCCAAAAUAUCCGACCCAAUCUCAAUGUCCAAUCCGCUUGUGGAAGCAGACAUUAAGGUUUACAUAAGUAGACGGAUACGAGCCGAACCUCGAUUCCAACGUUGGCCGCGGCAGCUGCAGGACGAUGUCGAAGAUUCACUUUCCAAAGGAGCCAAAGGAAUGUUUCGUUGGGCUGUAUGCCAGCUCGACAUCUUGAGACGACUUCGCCACGAGGACAAGAUCAAAGCUUCACUACAGAAUCUUCCAGAGGGAUUAGACGAAAGCUAUGAACGAAUAUUCUCACUUAUUGAUACGGAAGAUCGUGAUCUAGUCAAACAUGCCCUGCACUGGCUUUGUUUCCACACCCUUCUAUGGAGCGAUUAUUACCACGGAUCACCUACUAUUGCAAUACUUCUAGAUUCCUACAUCUACUCCUCUACGGACCAGCAUAAGUCAAAUACCAAUCAGGGACAACACUUCAUCGACGCCAAUACGUUAAAAGAAACAUGUGGCUGCCUACUAUCAUACACUGAGAUUGACUUUGAUGGCGAAGUUGAGACUGGUGUUACUCUUGCACACUACACUGUUCGCGAGUUUCUUGAGUCAGACCGAAACACAGGUCCAUUUGCAUUGUUCUUCAAAAUCGGGCGAGAUGAAUCAUAUGCGAAUAUCUACGACGUCAUCUUCCGUUACCCUCUUGGCGUAGAACAAUCAACCAGAGCCAUCGGCAACGCCAGAAGCUCACGAAUUGGUCUGGAAGAGUAUUGUCAACUCUCGGCAACCAGAGCAUUACAUACCCAGUCUAGAUGUGUUCAGUAUGGGCUGGCACUUGAGUUCUUAGAUUUUUCAAAGCCUCAUUACAAAGCCUUGGUCGCCACGCUGAAAACAUUGGCCGGCACACGUUCCCCUGUUGCAUACAGGGUUAACGGCUGGCAGACGUUGUUCUCUGACAUUGAUUGGAGCAACUAUCAUGGAGAUUUUCAGAUCGCAAUGUUGAUUAAUUUGCUUCACAGUGGACUUAUUCAACUAGCGCAAGAGCUUUUCCCGUCUGUCAGUAAGGCGUCAACAGAAGCCACGCUGCAAGUUUCCAUGUUUGCAUGGUCCCAUUGGGAGAACGCUUACAUUGACUGGAAAUUCAAAGGUACAAUUGUUGAACUCUUUGCAUGCUGUCCGUCUGGAGACAGGCAGCCUUUUCAACUGCUUUAUAACCGAUUUGGCGACGGAGUCAAUUGUACCCGGCUUUUGCAUUUACACAUCGGCAAUCACCUCCACAAAAUUGAACGAUUAUACGGCUUGGGCUCUGAAUGUCUUAUCCUAAGACUUCUUCGAAAUGGGGCGAGCCCUCGGCCCAGAUCCUGUCAAGUAACACCAUUGCAAAUCGCUGCUGCGAGGGUCGAUGUUGUGGCCGUCAGACUCUUGCUAGAAUCGCAUGCUGAUCCAAACGAUGCUGGCGAUGCCGACAACAAUGAAUGGGAUGACGACAGUCAUUUAUCUUACUUGACCUUCCUUGGUGGAAGCAGCCCUCUCUAUAUUGUACGUAAGUUGAUGGAUAUGGAAGUGGAUAGUGCAUUAGAGUCCCAUUCAAGGAUCGAGGGUGUACGGAUUAUUGAGAGACUGCUCUUGAAAUAUGAUGCAAAGGAUUUUACAGUAAAGGGGAAACCAAAAUACCGGCGUUGGUGAAUGGCCCUUAUUUUAGGUUGGAAUACGUUAAUAUCACCCUGGCGUACUGAGUCUUUGUGAUUUAAAGGAUACAUCUAAACCCAAUAAUUCUACAUAUGGUGGUGGGGUACUGGUAUUGCGUCCACG